AUGAAUAAUGUUAGAAAUAAGUAUAAAUUAAGUAAUGAAAAAAAAGAAAAAUACAAUGAUGUUGAAAAUAUGUGUAACAAUAUAAAAGAAAUGAAUUAUGAAUCUUGUGACCCAUACAAUGAAGAUAUGAACAAUGAAAAGGAGAGCAACAAUGUUAAUAGAAAUGCUAAAUUUAACAAAGAGAAACGAAAUAUAAAAGUUAGCGAAUAUAGCAAUAAAAAUAAAAGCAUAUAUAAUGAUAAAAGCAUAUAUAAUGAUAAAAACAUAUAUAAUAGCAAUGGUAGAUAUAAAAGCUAUCCAGAUCAUGAUUAUGUUGAAAAGGGUAAUAUUAACAAUAAUGAUAGUAAUAAAAAUUAUGUAAAUAAAACGGAUAGAAUGGAAAAUAAUCGUUUUACAAAUAAAAAUGAUGGAUAUAAUGAUAAAAAAAAGUAUAUCUAUAAUAGCCGAUUUUAUAAUAUGAAUAAUAAGGAAAAAUAUUAUAGUAAUAAAAAUAAAGAAGAAAAUAGGCAUAUAACAAAUUCCUAUAGAAGAAAUAAUUAUCAUAAUAGAAAUUCAUAUCAAAAUAAUUUUAAUCAUAAUUUUAAUCAUAACUUUAAUCAUAAUUUUAAUCAUAAUCUAGACAUAGAUAUUGAUAAGCAAGCUAGUAAAAGUAUACGAUAUAGAAAUAGUGAAUAUGGUAAUUAUUAUAAUAAAAAAAAUGAUAAAGAGAAUGAUAAAAAUGAUAAAAAAAAUGACAAUACAGAUAACCAUUUUAGUAACAGAUCUAAAAAUAAGACACUUGAAAAAAAUAACAAUUUUUCAUUAUCAAAUAAUUAUGAAAAUAUAAAAUCAGAAGAACAUUUCAAUUUAAAAAAUAGUGAUAUAAAUUUUGGUGAUAAUUAUGAAUAUAAUAAAUAUAAAAUACAAUUAAAUUCUCCUGAUAAUAUGGAACAAAAUAAUAAUUUUAGAAACGAAUGUAAUGACACAUCCCAAAAAAAUUAUGAAAAAUAUCAGAAUUCUGAAAAUAACGAAAACUAUAAAAAUGAAUCAUCUAAACAAAUUUCAAGGGAAAAUAGCGAAACUUUCAAAACCCCAAAUAAAGAAUCUUACGAAAUAAUAGAAAAUAUCAAUGAAAAUAUAUCACCAGAUUUAAAUAAAGAUAAGAAUGGUAAUACAAAUGAAGAUUUAAAAAAAUUAAAAAGAGAAGAAGAGAAAAAAAAAGUAAAGAAUUGGAAACCAGAAGAACAAACUUUACUCGAAGAAGGGUUAAGAAUUUAUAAAGAUUUAAAAAAUUCACCACACAAAUGGGAAAAAGUUAGUCAAAUUGUAAAAACCAAAAAUGCAGACGAAUGUUUGAAACGUUUUCUAUAUUGCAGAUUUGUUGUUAUGAAAGAAAAAGAAAAAAUUGAAAAGGAAAAGGUGGAAAAAGAAAAGAUGGAAAAGGAAAAGGUGGAAAAAGAAAAGAUGGAAAAGGAAAAGAUGGAAAAAGAAAAGAUGGAAAAAGAAAAGAUGGAAAAUAAAAUUGAAGAAAACGAUGAACUUGACCAAGAUAUAGAUAGUGAUGAUAUGGAUAUAAAUAAUAAUAUAAAUGUAAAAGGGAAAAAUAUAUUAUUGAAAAAUGUUUAUAUGAAAAAUAUAUCAUUAUAUAAGGCAGUUUUAUUAAAAUUUCAAUUAGUUUGUACACGAUGUUGUAAUACAUUUGAUGUCACUAUAACGAGCAAAGACCAACCACAAUUAGUGUGUAAUUGCACCAAUUGUAGUAGUAAUGCAAUUAUUGAAGUUUACAGAAAUAUUUGUUUUUUGGGAAAUAGCUGCAUUUGCGUAUUAAAAUUUAAUCAGUGUUCAUUGAUGGACUUGUUAGCGGGAGACUAUAGCAUAAAUUGUGAAGGGUGUGGAAGAAAAACUCUCGUAAAAAAUGUAUCAUCUGGCAAAGAGAUAUGUAUAAAUUGUCAAAAUUGUUUUAUAAAACUGGAAUUUCGAUAUGAAGAAUUUACAUUUGAUGAAACUUUUACUGCAAAUGAUGCCGCAAUAAAAAAAAUUGAUGAUAUGAUAAAUAAGUUAUUUACGAGUAAAACUAAUAAAAAAAAAAUAGUUACACCCCAAUCAAACAAUUUAAAAAUUGAGAAAACAAAAAAUGUUGUAAAAAUAAAUAAUAUCGAAGUGAAAGAUGGUGCUUGUAAGCAUUAUAAAAAAUCACAUAAAUUGUUUAAAUUCCCAUGUUGUAACAAGAUAUUUCCAUGUCCAACAUGUCAUAAUUUAAAUAGUAACCACGAAUAUGUUCUUGCAAGAAGAGUUAUAUGUGGAUAUUGUUAUCGGGAAUUUGACGAUGAUGAUGUGUGCAUAUGUCAAAAGGAUAAAAAACCGAAAAAGGGUGGAAACUUUUGGGAGGGGGGUAAAGGAUGCCGAAAUGCAAUAACGCUAAGUAAAAAUGAUUCGAAAAAGUAUAAGCUUUUAAAUAGACAAACCGUACAAAAAAAAAAAAAGUAA